AUGGCGCGCAAUGGCGGCGUCCCCGCUCCCUCUCUCGCCCUCGCUGCCGCCGCCGUCUGCCUCCUCUGCUGCCUCGCCGCCGGCGCCUCCGCGGCCUACUCCGUGCCGGCCGACCCCAGGCGGCAACCUUCGCCUGGCCCUGGAGGCGGAGGCUACUACCACGGCCCUGCACCUGCGGCGUCCCCGCGCCACCACCACCACCGUCAGCACGGCGUCUCGCCGGCACCGGCGCCGCACCACGCUCCGUCACCGACCGCGGGGUCAGACGGCCUGCCAACGUCUCGCCCGCCGGCCCCGGUCUACACGCGCGCCCCGGAGCCGCAGGCGACCACCACGCCGCACUUCGGGUUCCCGCUGGAGCCGACGGUGGGCGUCACCGCGGGCGGCCCGUCCGGAGCACUGCCGAAAAAGGGGGCCGGCAGCGAGGGGUACCCGUUCAUCGGCAGCAACCCCACGGUGCCGCUGCCCACCGGCGUCACCGACACCGCCACCGUGCGCCCGCUCCCGGACACGACCCGCGCCGACGACAACGCCAAGGUGGCCGGGCGUGCCGCCGAGCCCGUGCGAGCCGGGGCCGCCAUGAUUGGCGUCCUGAUGGCCGUCCUCUCCACUGUUGCCCUGUUGCUGUCCUCCUGGAGCUAG